AUGUGUGGGCGAGUUGAGAAGGAGGUAGGAGGCUGCGAGUGCAUUGUUGUGGGCAAACCGAUGGCGUGUGAGGAGAGGCGAGGAGGCAGACAGCUCGACACGCCACCUACUAUCAUUGAAAUGUAUCCCCACGCACGCGCGCACGCACGAGUAGACGUACGCGCACAUCUGCAUACACCACAUGCACACAAGAAUGUAACAUACGUGCAUACAGCCACGUGUAGGCACACAGAGAUGCAGCACACGUGCACACGCCCACGCGAACCCACCUCGCACGUGCACACAGGCACUGAGUGGGUAGAUAAGUGUGUAGGCGUUGAGAGGAAGCAGGGUUCGCAGAAAGUUGCAACAGAUGAGAAGAGCGAGCUCACAGAUCAGUGUCCAACUCCUAUGUUAUCUGCCUACUCGAUAUAA